CAAUAUGUUAAUGAUUGUCCAACAACAAUUGAAGAAGUGGAGAAAGCUGCAAAUAUAAAAAAUUGUGAAGCCUUGGCUGAAAAGCAGACAUGCAACAACGAAUCAAAUUUCAAAUAUCACUGUGUGAUAAAUGAAGAAGAAGAUUCUCUGGUAGAGGUCUGUGCUCCAACAUACUACAUUCAUGGUUUUUGCACAGAGUUUAAUGUUAAAGGUCUACUGAUACAACCGCAUUUCAGCAUAAAAUGCAACAAUAUUACACCGUGCUCAGAACGUUAUUUAUCAACAAUGGCAUAUCAAUUUCCAAAAUGUUAUGAUGUGGUGAAGAAGCACACUCUUCUACCCCUGAUUAAUGAGACAACGAUCAUUCCAUUCAAUUCAACUGACAAUGCUAAAAAGGAUGAAGUCUAUAAAUGGCAAGUUUAUGUUGCAGCAACUUUAGUUACAGUUUAUUUAAACAAUUUGUACUUGGCGGAUUUAAAAGAGCAUACAUUAUACGACUUCAAUGCAGGAGAGGAAGAAAGAGAACAGUAUGCAGUCGAAAAUGAAGAUCACACCAAGUCCUAUCUCAAGGCGUUUCAACAUUUUGAAAAAUAUUUUGUGAAAACAACGGUAUUUGAAGUGUGUAAAGAAAGGUUGCAGAAAGAAGGCGUUGCUGUUUUAGUUGGUCCGCCUGGCUUCGGAAAAACAAACAUUGCUAUAGGCAUCAUGAAAGAUGAUUUUUAUAAAGAUUGGACAAAGCGAAAAAUAAAGUCUUGGGCAGAAUUCAGAUUUAUUGAUUCCGAGAAGAAUUCUCUCAUUUAUAUUGAUAACAUAUUUGAUGGGUUUAUGUAUCAUCAUGAAUUGGAAAAAUGGUGGAAUAUAUUAAAUAAAACCUUCUAUGAGAAUAUUUCACCUAAGCCAAAUGAUGAACGAGAUGAAAGUAGUUUAUUAGCAAACAAAGGUGGAAUGAUUCAUCUUUUUAUAACAGCCAAAGAGAAUGUUCUAACAAAAGCACGUGAGUACAACAAGAUCAAGAAAACCCCUGUGUUUAAAAGUAACUGUAUCAUUAAUGCUGCAGAUCAUGGCUUCACACCAACAGAAAAAGACGAAAUCUUUGAUAAGCAGUUAGAGUUUGCAGAGAAAAUAUUGGAUAUUCCAAAGCCGUUGGUGGAUCAAGACUUCAGAAAUAAAAUGAAGGCAUUAGUUGGUCCUAUCGGUUUCCCACUCUGCGCUCAUCUUUAUGCAUGCGAAAAAGAACACAGAAAUACUGGCAUUGACUUUUUUCUUUUCCCGAUCAAUUACCUGCGAAAACAAAUAAAAUACGAAAUUGAAAGUGAUCAAACACAUGGCGUGAAAACGUUACUUCUAUUGCUUUUCCUAAAUGAAUGUUUGUCGCUUUCCAAUAUAUGUGACGAAAAACUUGAUAUAAGAGAUUCUGAAAAAUGUAUACGGUUUCUUGAGAGAAAUUUUUCCAAGGAGAUGGCUAAAAGCUUUGAAUCUUUAAACUUUGAGGAUUUAGCUACUGUUGCUAAUAAAUUAACCGUAACUAUAAUUGGUAGUGAAAAAGAGUGUAUGUAUCAAUUUAAGCACCAAAUUAUUUUUGAUGCAAUUGGCUUUUAUUUUUGCACAGAAUUUUUCAAUGUCGCAAUAAAAUACUUUCCUAUCGAUGCUUUUCAAAAACAUGAAUUUAUAAAUCCUUCAGAAGAAUUUUGUGAAAGUUUUGCUUCUCGAAUCAUUGAGGAAGUUCAUAGUGGGAAUGUUUCGGAAGCCUUUUCUUGUGUCGCAUUUAAACAAUACCAUUUUGCACAACGUUUUUGUGAAAUUUUAAAAUCAAUGCAUGAUGUGCAAUUAUUUCUCCUUUCUACAGAUUCAGUUACAGCCUAUCCCCUUCCAUCUGUAUUUUGGAUCAGCAAAUACAAGCAUUUGACUUUAUCGAAAUUGCUUUAUGAAUUGGUUCGGGAAAAGGGUGUUCUAGAGGAACACACUUUUUAUCUAGCUCGAUUUGGUGACUGUUGUGCUGAUGACGAAAAUUUCCUUAGGAAUACAGCGCAAACUGUUUUCAAUUCGACGACAGAGAUUAGGAAGUCCGUCCUUCAGUACAAGAAUCACAAAGGAAUGACAGUGUUGCAUAUUGUCCUUACAUCCGAAAGACCUGAUUAUGAAGCAUAUUUAAUAAUUAAAAAGUUAUUGGAGGACUGCAAGUCCAAUAAGUUGUGUGAUGAUUUCAUCCUAGAUUCAGAUAGAAAAUGUGCCGUUAACUGUGCUGCAAAUGAAAAUGCCUUGUUUCACAAAAAAGAACACUGCUCAGAUAUUUUCUCUGGACUGCCAAUUUCUGCAUUUCAUGUGAUACCUGUGUUGGAGCCCUCCCACAAACCUCCCCUGUAA